AUUUGUCACGGCUGAGAUCAUCCGCUAAGGCACGGAGCAUGCGCAGUGGACGCGAGUCUGGGAGUGUCUGAGCGGCUCGCUGGAAGUGAAUCCAACCCGCAGUUACUGAACCCAGGAGCAUCUGCAUGAACAAUGAACCGGGGAACAGCGGCUGACAGAAGGCAAUGAUUCGGUGCAACGGAGAUGAAGUGGACGUCUGAGGAGUGUCGAGGUGGAGGGAUCGUCCAACGGAACAGAUUUAGCUGGAUAUGUGGGGUGUGGAUGACCUCUAACGGUACAGGGAAUUAGUCAUUUCUAAUACUUUGUUGUCUGCAGACUCAAGCCUCCUACAGGCUGCGAUAGCGUUACAUUGGCGGGCUUCUGUUUGCUUAUUGUUGAACUUUCACAGUAUCGUCAUUAAAACAGGCGACACGCAUAAAGGCUAAAUUAAUGCUGUCUUCAUUUAUUGUAUUGACAUGAAUAUGUGAUUAUUGAAUGGCCUCCGGUCCUCUAGGUUUUACCAAAGAGCUGAAUAGUUCAAGCAAAGUCAUUCUUUAUUCAAAAAAGGAUUAUUUUUUUCUACUUCACCGGGGAAAUCAACUACAGGGGUGAGUUUUCAUUACAGUAGAUCACCCUUAGACUUUUUUUAUUUUUUAUAAUUGAGGCACAAGCUGCUUGAUGUCAUGAGCUGGCCAUCUGUUGUGGAAACCUAUUUAGACCUGCAAGCAGAUUAACCAGUGAAAGAGUUCAGGGCAUCAGUCCGGACUGUUUCUGUGCCUCGGCUUCCUGGUGGAGGAGGGAUGCUGAGGCCCGCCGCGGGCCCAGUGGAGCAGAGAGAUGAGGAGCAGGAGGACGAAGGCGAAGAGGAGUUGAAGGAUGGAGGGGUGCCCUUCUAUGUGAACAGAGGAGGCCUCCCGGUGGACGAGGAGACUUGGGAGAGGAUGUGGCGCCACGUGGCUCGAAUACAACCCAAUGGAGAAGCUUUGGGGAAGGAGAUCCGGGGGACCACUGACCAUCCCAAGAUUCCAAUGCCGAGUGUGCCUGUAUACCAACCUACCACCACUAUCCCCCAGCGCCUUGAAGCCAUACAGAAAUACAUCAGGGAAUUGCAGUACAAUCACACUGGAACACAGUUUUUUGAAAUUAAGAAGAGCCGGCCUCUUACUGCGUUGAUGGACAUCGCUAAAGAGAUGACGCGGGAGGCUCUGCCAAUCAAAUGCCUGGAGGCGGUGAUCCUGGGGAUUUACCUGACCAACAACAUGCCUGGUGUGGAGCGCUUCCCCCUCAGCUUUCAGUCUCACUUCUCAGGGAACCACUUCCACCACAUCGUGCUGGGAGUGCACAGUGGGGGGCGCUUCGGUGCGCUGGGCAUCAGCCGGAGGGACGACCUCAUGUUCAAGCCCGUGGAGUUCCGGAGCCUGAUGGACUUGGUGCAAGACUUCGACGGAGCGUACAGGGGCUAUUGGCACACCCUGCGCAAGGUCCGGAUCGGCCAGUACGUGUCCCACGACCCCCACAGCGUGGAGCAGAUUGACUGGAAACAUUCCAUACUGGACGUAGACAAGCUGACCAAGGAGGAGCUACGCAAGGAGCUGGAGAGACACACUCGAGACAUGAGGCUGAAGAUAGGAAAGCCCGCACCACCCUCUCCCACCAAAGACAGGAGAAACAGCAUGGGUUCCCCCCUCAGAGGACCGAGCAGCCCCAUACGCAGGGUCAGCCGCGUUGAGAGACGUCCCUCCGGAGAGAAGAAGGUUUUGGAGCAGAAAUCGGCCGCAGACAUGAAUGGAUACCAGAUUCGAGUCUGAAGAACUUUAGCGUGCUUGUAAAGGUUACAAGGCACCAACACACUUUGUUACACAGGGGCCACUGGUUUACUCCGAGGCUCAAGUCGUCGUACACACUGUCCUAUUCACGGGACGCAAUGUUGAAUAGGUCACCAGCAACUUUCCCUCUCCAAAAACAGAUGGCUUAUUCAGCGUCCCUCCAUCCACGCUGUUAAGAGGCUUCUUCUGGAGCGGUGACAGCGCGUAGUAAUUGGUGCUGGCAACGUUCCCAAAUUAUAGAAAGGGAACAAAAGUGCAGCACAUUGUAAACACAUUGUUUUAAAUAACAGAGCAGAGUUUUAAGAACUUAACUUAAAAUAUCUACCACUCUACCACUCAAGUGUAAACGUGCUGCUGGACAUAUCGUAGCUUUCCGUGGUGUUGUGUUCAACAAAAACCUUUCUGCAAUCUGUAUCGUCGUACUGUAAGCGUACAAAUACAUGUCAUGUCGUUUUAAAUCCACGUAGGCUCUGCUGGGCAGCAAUUGCUUGUGUAGUGACUAGUUUGCAAACCACUACCCUCGUGCCUUGUAUGAAAAGUCAAAGAGAAGAAACAGACUUUUUUUUUUAUAUCCACCCCAUUAUUCUCACCGUCUUAACUCAACACAAAGCUGCUCUUCCAAAAUGCUGAAGGCGAAUGAAAGCGAAUUGUGUGAGAUUUUAUUAUCUAAUGUCCAAAUGCUAGCACAUUUAGCAUGCUAUUGACCUUAUAAAGACUGAAUAUGGGAUUGAACACACAAUAUACAAAAGUAUGUUUGAGAGUGUUUAAGUCAUCUGUAGCGUGAUAAUAGGAGAAACAGGAGUUAUGAAUAUAAAAACCUUGUCAAGGUGACUCACAGCAGCGCAGCUGACUGAUGACGAGUGACGAGAAGUCGAUGUAUAACUGCUUUAUAUAUACAUUGUUUCUAACUUUUAUUUGUAGCAACUUUUAUCUGGUAUUUCUCUCGACUUCGGUGGUGUGACUUCCAUUUAGGCUACGGUGUAAAGAAGUUGGUUUACAGCACUUUUAUCUGCAUUUUGUAUUUGUUUUUAUUGUAAAUUUGGUCAUUUUAUACUUCCUUCAGUGUUGGCGAUCACCAGUAGACCAAUAUUUACCACACAGUUGGGAAUAUGUUGCCACAGCCAACAUUCUUAUGUGUACAGUAGGUGUUGUCGGAUUUUCAUUUUAGUGCUACACAAUCAUUUUGUACCAAAACACUGUUCAUUUAUAGGAUCACAUUAAAGGGUCACAAGGAUUGUGACAAACACAUUUUUGUUUUCUGAUUACAUUUUGUGAUAAUAGUUGUGUUUUUGUAACAAAUUCAUUCGUUUUUUAAGCAGCCGUGGUCUGACAAAUGCAGUGAUUAAUCAGUAAGUAUGCUGUAAUUAGUUUUCAGGCAGGCUGGGUGGGUGUCAGACGGGGAAUGGUGCCAGUUUAUUGCUGACCAAUAGCU